AUGUUAUCAUUAACAUGUAUGAUAAUGUUUUGCAUUAUUUUGAACAUCUAUGCUCAGAAACAUUCUUCUUCUGAACAACUACACGAUGAUUCACAACCACGUAUGUUUGUAAAUUCAAAAAGUGAAAGUGUCCGAAAUAAUGCGCUUGUUGUUAGUGCACAACCACCAACAAUUUUUCAAGUUCCAAUGUUAGCUGCAUUUAAUCCAUUUCAAUUAAAACAUCAAAAUUUAGAAGCAAAAGGUUAA